UCAGGGAGCUGUGGCCAGGGCCUGCAGCCUCUCCAUGGGGUGGGCUGGGGGCUGGCUCGGCCCCCAGCUCCCCCAGGACCUCAUGGAUGAGAGGGGUGCUGCCCAGAGCUGUGGGACACCUUGUGAAAAUCCAGGUUAGGGGUGACAAAAGCCAAGAUGACAAGAAACUUACUUAUAGAUCUAAUUGGCUUUUAUUCACAAUUCACGGACCGAGGCAGCCUCCGUUCUACAAAGCAGAGGGGGAGCCCCGGCCAGGCAGUGGCGGGACAGUGGGCUCUGAGCGGCGGCGACAAGGAAGCAGGAGAAUGGGAAGCACAAACUGGUGGGCGACCAUCAGGAUGAACCACAUCGAGGACACGCUGCAGCGGCUGCGGGAGGCCUUCAACGCGGGGCGCACGCGGCCGGCCACGUUCCGGGCUGCGCAGCUCAGGGCCCUGGGCCGCUUCCUUCAGGACAACAAGCAGCUUCUGCAGGACGCGCUGGCCCAGGACCUGCACAAGUCAGCCUUCGAGUCGGAGGUGUCUGAGAUCGCCAUCAGCCGGGGCGAGGUCACCUUGGCCCUCAGGAACCUGCGGGCCUGGAUGAAGGACGAGAGAGUGCCCAAGAACCUGGCCACCCAGCUGGACUCGGCCUUCAUCCGGAAGGAGCCCUUCGGCCUGGUGCUCAUCGUCGCCCCCUGGAACUACCCCCUGAACCUGACGCUGGUGCCCCUGGUGGGCGCUCUGGCCGCAGGGAACUGCGUGGUGCUGAAGCCGUCAGAGAUUAGCAGCAGCAUGGAGAAGGUCCUGGCCGAGGUGCUGCCCCGAUACCUGGACCAGAGCUGCUUUGCCGUGGUGCUGGGCGGGCCCCAGGAGAUGGGGCAGCUGCUGGAGCACAAGUUCGACUACAUCUUCUUCACAGGGAGCCCUCGUGUGGGCAGGAUCGUCAUGACCGCCGCCGCCAAGCACCUGACACCGGUCACUCUGGAGCUCGGGGGCAAGAACCCCUGCUACGUGGAUGACAACUGCGACCCCCAGACCGUGGCCAACCGCGUGGCCUGGUUCCGCUACUUCAACGCCGGCCAGACCUGCGUGGCCCCUGACUACAUCCUGUGCAGCCCUGAGACCCAGGAGCGCCUGCUGCCCGCCCUGCAGAGCGCCAUCACCCGUUUCUAUGGCAACGACCCCCAGAGCUCCCCAGACCUGGGCCGCAUCAUCAACCAGAAGCAGUUCCAGCGGCUCCGGGCACUGCUGGGCUGUGGCCGUGUGGCCAUCGGUGGCCAGAGCGACGAGAGCCAGCGCUACAUCGCCCCCACGGUGCUGGUGGACGUGCAGGAGACCGAGCCGGUGAUGCAGGAGGAGAUCUUCGGGCCCAUCCUGCCCAUCGUGAGCGUGCGGAGCCUGGACGAGGCCAUCGACUUCAUCAACCGGCGGGAGAAGCCCCUGGCCCUCUACGCCUUCUCCAACAGCAGCCAGGGUCCUGUUUGCCCCGUCAGCCCUCUCCUUCGUCCCUCCUCACAUACCCAAGCCUGGCGGCCGAGGUGAGUCCUCCUCAUGCCUGGCUCUGGAGGCACUCACGACAUCCUCGGGAGUGACCCAGGGUGGGGACUGAGCGGGACACACAGCUCUGAAGGUGAGCCCUGUCCUCCCCACCCCUGCUCAUGCCGUGGGGGCAGCCUGGGGGCCCCCAGAUGAAAACACACUGAGAGGUACCGCAGUCCCCUCCCUGUUUGAACAAUGUUUUUUUAAUAAACCUUUUAUUGGGGAAUAAUCUUAGAUUUAUAGAAAGUUGCAAAGAUAGUACAGAAUUCCCACAGACCCCACAUCCGGGUUCCCUGUUUAAGGGCCCUUACAGUGGUCUAAGCUAAGAAAGUGGCGCUGGUGUGUUACUGCUAACUACACUCCAGACUCCAUUCAGAUUUUGCCAGUUUGCCAUGAAUGUCCUCCUCCUGCCCCAGGAUCCCAGCCAGGGUCCCACGAUGCACUAACCAAGCCGUAGCUUGCGAAGUGCUGGCCAAGUCUCCUGCACAAUGUCCCCAAGCCCAGGAUGUCCGGUGUUUCUCAUGAUUAGAUCAGUGUCACGGGCUUUGGCAAGAAUACCAGAGGAAGGGCCAUCUCCUCAUACCACGUCCGGAGUCCGGAGACCCACCCAGUUUGGUGAGGUUAACCUUCCCUGCUUGGCCAAGGCUGUGUCUGCCAGGGGUCUCCACCCAGGAGUUGCCAUUGUUCCCUGUCUGUGCUUUGGAAGCAAGUUCUAAGUCGAACCACUGCCAACAGGCAGGGUGUGUGGCAGCUCUAUCUGCAGAAGGUGGAAUACCUACAUAUAUUUUUUGAAGUCCUGUAGGAAAGAUUUGUGUCUUGAAUUCUUUAUUUAGACCAGCAUGGCCUCAUGCAUGUUUGGUUCUCUGGGUUAUAAUCCAAGGCCGUGAGCUUUGUCCCAGGCUUGGCAGCGGGAGCGCCUGCGUUCUGGUGACAUGUGCUGGCCUUCAGGUUUUGACCACUUCCUUUCCGGUGGUGGUCAAGAAGCACCAGGCUCAUUCUGUGUUUCCCUGCCCAAUUCUAGAGGCAGCCAUUCCUCUAAGGAGCCUUGGUUUAUCUGGAUACUUUAACCUUAGAAAAUGCUAGAGGUUUCUUGGGGGUAAUCUGGCUUCACACCUUCCUGACCACCCAGCCUGGUCCUAGGACCAGGGCCACACCCCAAACACACACUGCACAGGGGACUUGCCCACACUCCCUGGGAGGCACUCUGACGCUCCGUGCUCAGGAAUGCGGGUCUCACUGCGCUGAAGCGAUGUCUGACCCUGCUGGUGGCGGAUCCAGUCUACCCACCGUCAGACAAGCCCUGACCCAGCUGUCAUCUGAGAGUCACAAUGAUUGGAACUAAAUAUAGUGAAGUUAUUUCUGCAGUGACUAUUUAGUACCUAUAGAUUGAAGAAGGAAGUCCUUUAUGAAGUUAAGCAAGGGCAAAGUUCAUGUUCUAAGUGCACAUAUGACCACACAAUCGUGCAUGUGUCACAUCCCCAGUGCUCACGCCACAUAGGGCCCCUGGCCUCUGCUCUGCCUGGGGGGCCCCCUUUGUCGGAACAACUCCUCCCCUGUGCCAGGACUUGGCAGGCACAUCAUGUCCCUCCCCUGGGACACUUCCCUGACUAUCGGGCACUGCACAGCUGCCCCUGCACCCUCCAUGUCCCCAGGUGACACUGAGUUUCCUACACUCCCCACUGUCUCCAGCACUCUGCAUGGGCCACACACAAGCAGACACUCGGGAAACACGUCCCAAGUUGGGCCCUUGAUGAGGAGCCAGAACACAACCACCCAAC